AAUCAUCUAGUUGUAAUUACGGUGCAUGUGACAUCGGACGAUAUAAGUUAACAAGAUUGUUGAAAACAUCAAUAUGAAGAUUUUAUCGCUAAUAACUUUGUGUGCAAUCACAUCAGCGCACGAGAUAACUCAGCUCCAGGUUCCUCUGUACGCUGACCCACGGAGACCAGCUCUUCUCAGCUGCCACUUCCAGAUGGACGACCAGAAACUCCACUCCGUCAAGUUUUACAGGGACAUGAAUGAGAUAUUUAGAUACAACCCUUCACAAAAGCCUCCCAUACGUCUGUUCAACCUGACAGACAUCAUGGUGCAGGACGGGGAGUGUACUGCAGACUCGUGUAUGGUGAAGGUGAUGCCUCCUCCCAUCGCCACGAGAGCGGUGUACACUUGCGAGGUCUCCACCGAAGGACCAAAGUUCCAAAUAGCUAGGCAGACGAAGCAUAUGAAUGUUGUUGCCAUGCCGCAGGCGGACCCUGUUAUAACAGGGGCCCCAAAGGUGCUCAAGCCAGGAGAGCAGAUAUUCCUCAAUUGUUCCUCGGAUUAUUCGUUACCACCUUCGGAUAUAAAUUGGUACAUCGAUGAUGAGCUGCAAAAGCCUGACGUAUGGCAGCGUACAGAAUUAAGCCCUACACAACCAGGAGGUUUGAAGAAGUCCUGGCGCGUACUACGGGUUCGCGUUCCGACGACUGUGAGCGGCGCGCUUCGAGUCCGCUGCGAGUCUGUCGUGAUGGUCGAGCCGCCUGUAGUGAAGGACACGACCGCCAUCAUUACUGUACAUUCUAGAACGCAGCUCUCCAAAUACGUGUCAAAUAGUAGAGGUGUAAACUUAGCCACGAACGCAAUGUUUCUAGCUACAGUAAUAUGGACAUUUAAUGAAAUAUCAAGAUUCAUGAGCUUAUGAGAAUCGAUUCGAAUCAAAAAUGGUGAUAUUAGAGUGUAAGUGUAGAUAUUGGUCGGCCUGCGUUCAAUAUAUGUAUCCAUACAAAAUAAAUAUAUUGUUAUAAACAAACCUAUAGAACAAACGAAUAACAUAGAAGAGCACUUGAUACU